AUGGAUCGCCCAUCCGGGCUGCCUCUGGCAGCAGUAACUCAGUCAACUGGCCGUAUGUUGGUAGAUAAUGGAAUUCCCUACCCGCCCCCAUUAAAUACAGUUCGACGAAUUCCGAACCCCACAGUUAGACAUGAGUCCUCAACGUCUUCGUUAUCCGCGCCGACCCCUAUAUUCGCGAGCCAGGUCGUUGCUCUGGCGAGGGAGGCAAUGAAACUUGCCCUCGAGGAGAAUCAGACCAAAGCGGCCGAGGCCAGCGGUGUUAGCAAUGAGUUGAAGCCGGGAGUUACCAUUGAUUUGAGCCACAAGCAGAUCCAGCGGUUCCCCGAGGAGGUCGUCGAUAUAAUAAAAACCGAACUCGAAAGACUUGCAUUGUCACACAAUCAGAUCUCCACGUUCCCCUCUAGGUUCUCGGAGUGUACCUCGUUACGAUACCUGAAUGUCCGCAACAACGUCAUCCGCGAAUUCCCACAAUGUAUAUGCGAGUUGACGUCUCUCGAAAUCCUAGAUCUCGGUCGAAAUAAGCUGAAGGUUCUGCCGCCUGAAUUGGCGAAAUUGACCUCACUAAAGGUCUUGUCUGUGCAAAAAAAUCGGAUCGAGGCUCUUCCUCUCUGUCUUGCAGAUAUGGCCUCGUUACAAGUCCUUAAGCUCGAUGGCAACCCGCUACGAUUCCCGCCUAAAGAAAUACUUCAGCCUCAAUCAACAACACCCCCAAAUGGCGGAUUCCAAGAAAAUGAGAUAAAUGAUAUUGCUGUCACCACACAGAUCAAAAGAUUUCUGAAGGCGAAGGCUAUAUCUGACCGCUCAGAGACGGAGUCAGGCGGGGAAGAAUCUAGCGAAGGAGCGGAAACUCCCCGGCCGAUAAAGCGGGUGAUGAGCGGCAGAUUCCCCAUUAAAGUGAAUGGAACAGAUGUCCCUGAUUUACGAUCCCCAGCCUUGCCUCGACCUCCUCCAAUUCCAUCACGCUCUCAUUACCGAGGCCUGUCGCAACAGAACGCGGCCCUUCGACGACCCGGCGUUAUGCCGCUCACGAUUGGCAGUGCCAACGAGCGCGUUCGUAGUAACAGUGAAGGCCUUGUACAGGCAACCAGGCCUUCAGAUCGCUCCAGGAGGAUGGGAAUUGUUUCUAGGAAAGCUUCAGAAUUAGGAACUGUCGAUGAGUCAAAAGCAAACCGCUAUAGCCACUAUAGAGGUCUAAGCCAUGGCUCCGCGAUCCAGGCUGGUAGUAAUGGAACUAACGGGGCUGUUAACUCCAGCAGCCCAGCUAGCCCGGCAGAUUCAGCCGCGCAACGGGCAACCUAUGUCCGACGUUUAUCAAGCCUCCCGGAACGCAAGCGAGAAUCGACUUCGCCGGAUCCUGUUAUUGAGGGAGCAAAGGGGAUACUGUACGCGUUAUUUCAGGUCCAUCCUCUGAUUCAAAAUCUACUAGGCGUAGCUCGAGAUGGGACGAACAAACGGACGAGCCUCGAGAGAGUAUUCUACAAUACAACCACCCAUGUGGAAGAGCUUGACCGGCAUAUCCAAAGCUAUAUAACGUACUCUGAGGAAGACGAAGAGAUCGGCCCUCGUUCAAACGAGAACGUUCACAGUGCAUGUCUAACCAGCGUUCAGGCGUAUAUUCAUGUGUUGGGUCUUCUGUCAAGAAACGUGGAGACAUUGCUUGAUAAUGGUGACCCGCGUUACAUCCGUACACUUUUGCUUCUUAUAUAUGGAAGCGCCGCAGAGGUACGCAAUGCCGGUACUGACCUCUUCAAACAUGGAAGAAGUCGGGGUCCCAGCAUUCCAGAACCAGUCGAUGAGACUUUGAGGUUCCCAGCCAGAGAUAAGUCUGUUACUCCGACUCGCGAGAGACCUGGUUUGAGUCUGAGAAAUAGAAGUGCAACCACGGUGCAGAAUUCUGGAAAUUUGCGGGUAGCAACCGAUGCCCUUCCACCGCCUUUUCAACCGGGUGUAGGGAGAUCAGCCACAAUGACAAGUGCUACUCCCCGCUCCGGAGAUUCAUUUGCAUCGUCCAAUGCUUCUAGCGAUAGGCUGGUAAGAGGAGAUUUUAAUGACGAGGACCGGCUAUUUGAGAAAAUCUUCCUCCGCCUUCAACAGUCGUCCGAAAUGGCGAUCAGGACACUCCCCAGUGUCAAUAUUCACUUUAUAAAAGCGAUGAAGCUUAGCACCCAACAAAAUAACUCUGACCUCCCCAAACAAUUCUGGCAGUUCUUGAUUCAGAAGUGUACUUUAGCAAACCAGGCUGCAGAGAACCUCAAAGCGCGUUUAUCUCUCAUCAAACUUAAAGAGCCGGGAAUUCGGACGCAGGGUGCCUUUUGGGAACUCUGCAGCGCUUUUGUCCAAACGUAUACGGAUCUUGUUGUCAGAGUGAAGGAAGCCAAAAGCGCGACCAGCUUGCUACCCACAGAGGUAAUCAUCCUUCUUCGUCCGCUCCAGAAGGCUAUUAAAGAUACGAGUCAACUUAUUCAAAAUUCGCCAUGGUCAUUUCUUGCUGGUCCACAAAGUUCUAACAGCAUGUCGAAUGGGAUUUCAUAUGGCCUGCAAUCGCCCGCAUCGCAAAUCCCAUUGCCAAUGACGCCACAAAGUGCGGCCCUCGGACCUGCAGUACAAGCUACUGUUCCUUCUACGCCACAGAGCGCUUCUUACAGCGCUAUGUUCAGCGGUGGUGUGUUCGAGCGGGCAGAUGCUUACUUGGCAAUGAGUUCCAGUAACUCAGUCGCCUCCUCUCGCACGGGAACGAUGACCUCAGCAUUGGGAUCAAACGAUGGGAUGAUGACACCUGCAACAAUGCUGAGCCCUUUGAACUCUAUGAGUUCAAGAUUUAAUAGUAAUGGCAGGGUGGCAUUUUAA